GCCUCAACGUGCUACUUGAUGGUGAAGCAAAUGGAGGAUUUCCUCGAGGAAGUUACUCUGGAUGAUGUCUCUUCGCACAUCUAUGAGCUCUAUUCCCACCCUAAUGAGCACGAUUUGGGGAUCCAGUCGAGGACGUCAAUGGUGAAGGUGACAAUUGAUGAUGUGGACAAGGAGUUUGAAUUCCAGCAGUCGUUGAGCUCGUUAAACCAGCAGGGAAGCACAACUGGGUUUGUACUAUGGAGUGUUUCCAUACCGUUUGUAGGGUGGAUACUUAACGACAAGUUAUCACCAUAUGAUCUCAGAGGGAAGACCGUGGUGGAACUGGGAAGUGGUGUGACUGGCCUGCUGAGCUGUGCUCUGGGGCCAUCUUGUAAGCACUACAUAUCUACAGACCAGCAUCACAUUCUGAAGCUACUGAAGCAGAACAUUUGUUCGAACUUGUGUGAUUUUGCAAGUUCUACGAUGCACAUUCCUAGCAACGGUGGGAAGUUGAAAGGCACCGUUGACGUUGUGGAGCUUGACUGGGAGGACCUCGACAGUGGUGUUUGGAAUUUACAACAGGUCUGUAGCUUGGACUCAAUUGACUAUAUCGUUGCCUGUGACGUUGUCUAUAACGAUUAUCUCAUACCCUUCCUAGUUGAUGCAAUUGCAAGGCUUUGUCACCAGACCAGUACGGUUCUGAUAGCUUUACAACUUAGGCUCCCAGAGAACAUCGAGCAGUUCGUCGAGCAAGUGUUGACAAGAGGACUGAGAAUAUGGAGGCAUUUGGAGCACUGUUUAGUUCCAGAGUUGAGAGAAGGGUUCGUAAUCUACCGCAUAACACGUUGAUAUUAGAGAUGGAAUAGCAACUUCAGCAUAUUACUGUGUAUACACAAGUUUCAGUAUUCUCCUUUUUCAAUCUUGGCCUUCAACUUCUCGUGUAGCUUACCCAGUUGUUCGAAAUCGGCCUCCUUUGCUGGCCAGCCGACAAUCAGCCCAGUCUUUUCAUCCUUCUUUGGAAUAACGUGGAAGUGAACGUGGUCAACCUCCUGGUGAGCAAUUCUGCCGUUAUUCUGUAGGAUGUUGUAGCCAACUGACGACUCCGGGUCGUCGUUGUUCAACUCCAGCAAGUUGGCAACUUUCUUAGCAACAGGCAGAAGAUCUGCAAGCGACUCAUCCGACAAGUUGUGAAGCUUUGCACCAUGUUCCUUUGGAAUGACGAGCGCAUGGCCCUCAGACGU